CAGCACAUUGGCAUUUCCACCACGACUCCAGCCCUCCCAUCUUCACCUCUGCAGCAAACACCUUCAGAAGCACCAUGACUUGCAGAUCAGGAUUCGGAGGCCGAGUUUUCAGCUGCGCCUCAGCCUGCGGGCCCCGGCCAGGCCGCUGCUGCAUCACCGCCGCCCCCUACCGAGGCAUCUCCUGCUACCGCGGCCUCACCGGAGGCUUCAGCAGCCAAAGUGUCUGCGGAGCCUUCCGCUCUGGCUCCUGCGGCCGCAGCUUUGGCUACCGCUCUGGCGGCGUGUGCGGACCCAGCCCACCCUGCAUCACCUCCGUGUCCGUCAAUGAGAGCCUGCUGGCGCCCCUGAACCUGGAGAUCGACCCCAACGCGCAGUGCGUGAAGCACGAGGAGAAAGAGCAGAUCAAGGGUCUCAACAGCAGGUUCGCUGCCUUCAUCGACAAGGUGCGCUUCCUGGAGCAGCAGAACAAGCUGCUGGAGACCAAGUGGCAGUUCUACCAGAACCGCAAGUGCUGCGAGAGCAACCUGGAGCCCCUGUUCGAGGGCUACAUCGAGACCCUGAGGCGGGAGGCCGAGUGUGCAGAGGCCGACAGCGGGAGACUGGCCUCAGAGCUCAACCACGUGCGGGAGGUGCUGGAGGGCUACAAGAAGAAGUAUGAGGAGGAAGUUUCUCUGAGGGCCACAGCUGAGAAUGAGUUUGUGGCUCUGAAGAAGGAUGUGGACUGCGCCUACCUGCGCAAGUCAGACCUGGAGGCCAACGCAGAGGCGCUGACCCAGGAGAUCGACUUCCUGAGGCGACUGUAUGAGGAGGAGAUCCGCAUUCUCCAGUCCCACAUCUCUGACACCUCAGUCAUCGUCAAGAUGGACAACAGCCGAGACCUGAACAUGGACUGCAUCGUGGCUGAGAUCAAGGCUCAGUAUGAUGACAUUGCCAACCGCAGCCGUGCUGAGGCCGAGUCCUGGUACCGCAGCAAGUGCGAGGAGAUAAAGGCCACGGUGAUCAGGCACGGGGAGACCCUGCGCCGCACCAGGGAGGAGAUCAACGAGCUGAACCGCAUCAUCCAGAGGCUCACGGCUGAGAUUGAGAAUGCCAAGUGCCAGAACAACAAGCUGGAGACCGCAGUGACCCAGUCUGAGCAGCAGGGCGAGGCGGCCCUGAGCGACGCCCGCUGCAAGCUGGCUGAGCUGGAGGGCGCCCUGCAGAAGGCCAAGCAGGACAUGGCCUGCCUGCUCAAGGAGUACCAGGAGGUGAUGAACUCCAAGCUGGGCCUGGACAUCGAGAUCGCCACCUACAGGCGCCUGCUGGAGGGCGAGGAGCAGAGGUUGUGUGAAGGCGUUGGGGCUGUGAAUGUCUGUGUCAGCAGCUCCCGAGGCGGAGUCACGUGCGGGGACCUCUGUGUGUCUGGCUCCAGGCCGGUCACUGGCAGCGCCUGCAACGCCCCCUGCAGCGGUAACCUGGUGGUGAACACUGGAAUGUGCGCGCCCUGCAAUUCUGUGGCGUCCUGUGGCCUGGGCACUUGCGGAGUGGGCUCCUGUGGCAUUAGCUCCUUCGGAGUGGGCUCUUGCUCCAGCAGCUGCCGGAAAUGUUAGUCGCAUAGGCUGCAGCCCAGGCCCUGGCCUUUCUCCUGAGGAGCCAGUUCAGCCCCUCUCAGCCUAAGGGCCUGAGGCAAGGGCUCCACUGCUUCUGCACUUUGAUGGGUCCCUUCCGCUCCCAGCCCCUUUGGUUUCCCUGUGUGAUCCCCUGCUCCUGGGCUCUGCUGACCGGCAGUGCAAAGAGCUAACCGAGAAGAAGUCCCCUUGGAGCCUAGAAAGGGGAGGACCAGGACCAGGGCCAUACCCUGGGAUACCAUGGGGCCCAGGCUGGAGCCCCCCCGCAGCCUCCCCCUUCCUUUUCUGCCCUGUUCAUCUCUGUCUUACUGUGUUUCCAAUAAAUCAAUGUAGCCA